AGUUGCAUUGCAGAUGAAGAUGUUGAAGAUCUUCUCCCUGCUAAUAAUGUUCCUGGAAAAUCUUCUGGGACUGUCUUGCCCUUUGUUGGUGUUGCUUGCCUUGGAGCCACUUUAUUCGGUUAUCAUCUUGGGGUGGUAAAUGGAGCUCUUGAGUACCUGGCCAAGGAUCUUGGUAUUACUGAGAACACUGUACUACAAGGAUGGAUUGUCAGCUCUCUACUUGCUGGCGCCACUGUGGGUUCAUUCACUGGUGGAGCAUUGGCUGACAAAUUCGGCCGAACUAGGACCUUUCAGUUAGAUGCAAUUCCUCUAGCAGUUGGAGCAUUUCUUUGUGCUACAGCUCAAAGCAUUCAGACGAUGAUUGUUGGCCGCUUGCUAGCUGGUAUAGGAAUUGGUGUUACAUCUGCAAUUGUACCAUUAUACAUAUCUGAGAUUUCUCCAACUGAAACUCGCGGUGCGCUUGGAUCUGUUAAUCAACUUUUUAUAUGUAUUGGGAUUCUUGCAGCACUAGUAGCCGGUUUGCCUCUGGCAGGAAAUCCUAUAUGGUGGCGGACAAUGUUUGGAAUUUCGGUUGUUCCAUCUGUUCUGUUAGCACUAGGAAUGGCAGUUUCUCCGGAAAGUCCUAGAUGGCUCUUUCAGCAAGGGAAAAUAUCUGAUGCCGAGAAAGCAAUUAAAACACUUUAUGGAAAAGAAAGAGUUGCUUCAGUUAUGCAUGACUUAACAGCAGCAAGUCAAGGUUUUUCUGAACCUGAAGCAAGAUGGUUUGAUCUUUUUAGUAGCAGGUAUCGGAAAGUUGUCAGUGUUGGAGCAGCACUUUUCUUGUUCCAGCAGUUUGCUGGAAUUAAUGCUGUGGUGUAUUAUUCGACUUCUGUUUUCCGCAGUGCUGGAAUUGCUUCUGACAUUGCAGCAAGUGCCCUUGUUGGUGCUUCAAAUGUCUUCGGCACUGUAAUCGCUUCGUCCUUGAUGGACAAACAAGGAAGAAAAAGUCUCCUUAUCACAAGUUUUACCGGAAUGGCUGUUUCUAUGUUGCUUCUUUCUCUGUCUUUCACUUGGAGUGUCCUGGCACCAUACUCUGGUACCCUUGCAGUGCUUGGAACUGUCGUCUAUGUGUUAUCCUUUUCUCUUGGUGCUGGUCCUGUGCCUGCUCUUCUUCUACCUGAAAUAUUUGCCUCGAGAAUCAGAGCUAAAGCGAUCUCUUUGUCGUUAGGCACACAUUGGAUCUCCAACUUUGUGAUUGGACUGUAUUUCCUGAGUGUUGUAAACAAAUUUGGAAUCAGCAGUGUGUACUUGGGGUUCUCAACUGUGUGUAUUCUUGCUGUAUUGUACGUAUCUGGUAAUGUUGUGGAAACAAAGGGUCGUUCAUUAGAAGAAAUAGAACGUGCUCUUAGCCCUGCAUCUUAAUAACAUCCUUAUCAAAUGCAUAUGCAUAAUUCUAAGUGGUAAGUACUGUGACUUUGACUUUAGAUGCGGUUAUUGUAUCUAUCUUAUGUUGAGUUAACUUUGAAAUAUAAUCUAUAUUUAUAUAUGGCAUAAUUCUGUAUUUAUUAAUUA